AUGGGCCUUCCGUCACCAUGGUUUCUUUCCGUGCUGUCUGGAGUACUCUGCGUGCAUGCGGACAAACCCGCCGAUCCCACACUGCCCGGCAUGGUGGGGAAAAUUCUCGCCGGUGAUUUUGACAACAACUUCUUCGACGGCGACCUGCUCAAGGGCCCCCCAAGCAACGAGAAGGAGGAGAUGGGUGCUUGCUUGCUGGACAAGGUCGGCGCAAUUGUCAGUGAAAAUGGAGUGGAAGAUUUCCUGAAUGAUCUACAGGUGGACGCAGCGGCGUGCUGCACCAAGGACAAGGAGGAAUGUGUCAAGGACAACAGCGAAGCCUACGCCUUGCUGACAUCAGUGGGCCAGAAAAAGGCAGAUUCGAAGACCGCCGCCCCAAAGGUUGCAGCCAUGUUCCUCAGAUCUGUGGAGAAGCGGCUCAGUGCAGACAAGGUGGUCAACAGCCACGCUCACUUCUUUGGGAAGUGCAAGGACGUGGACACCUGCACGCUUGAGCUUCUGGGUUCAGUGAAGCGGGAACGAAUGUACCGUGCCAACAUUGAACAAGUCGUUGGAUGGGCAGACUCCACGGCAGCCUUUGCUGUAGACUACGUAUUUCGCCACGAAAGUGCAGGCGACGAGCACGAGCCUGGAGGCCAACGCUACCGAUCCCUGAUUCACGUCGGCGGGAGCGGGAAAGUGUGGCCCUGCUCCAGGGGCAAGGCCAAGGCAUGGUUGGCAGCUCCAUCUCUUCUCCAGGAGCUCCUGUGCCCGAGGCCGUGUCCACUGAGCAUCGACCUGGUAGCCCAGAGGCCCCGGGGCUCAGCGCAGGCGCAGUUGCAGAUUUUCCUGGGAGCACGCGAGUCUGCGGGAAGUGACGUUCAUCUCCUGAGAAGUGAAAACCACUUCCUGACGGAGAAGCUUGUGGAAGCUUCCCUGCAGUCAGCUCAGCACUUUGAGGCACUUUCUUCGAACCGGGACGAACUCCGCCGCCAGGUUCAGGACCUGCGCACUCAGCUCGACAGCGAGAAGGCUCAGCGCUCCCGGUUUGAGGAGCGCUUGGCCUCGGCAGAGGAGAUCCUGGGGCGGCUGACAGAGGAGAACAUGCGCCUGAGCGGGAAUGCAAAAGCUCCGGAGGCGACGUCUCCGGCAUCCCAACCCGAGCAGAUGGACAGGGACUCCUUGUGGAAGGUUUACACCAGCCUGAGGGAAAAGGCAGAGCAUCUCGCCCAGGAGAACGAAGAGCUGCGGAAGCUCACGGAGCAAAGGACCUCCGAGGCAAACUCCACGAUCAUGGAGUUGGCGCAGCGAAACCUACAGCUAGAGGGGCGCCUUCAGGCUGCCCAGCAGCAGCUGGAGAAGCUGCGAGGUGUCACCCCGAAUCUCCCUGGGAGCUGCUCCACCACCCCUCGCGCUGCUUCACAAUCCUCACGCUCGGUAUCCCGCAGCGGCUCUGCUGUGCAGGUUCGACAGCGGGUGGAUUUGGACAUCGAGCGCAAUGCCAGCGCGCAGUCGUUGCACAGUGCGGCCUCUGACAGUACGCAGCGCAUGUCCUGCCAAACCGGAGCGCCGGAGCUUUGCCUUGCCCAGGCGACCCACAUCGCAGCCCCGGCGAAGUCCAAGUCGUGUCCAUAUCACCUUGUGCAGUGCUCUGGGGUGAAAGUAUCCAUGACAAAUCUUGGCCUGGAGUCUUUUGUCACAAGCGUGUCUGUGAAGAAGGUUCCUUUCUGCUUUAGUUUCCGUUUUGAAGAAGCAGAUUGGGCGGGCCAGCCAAGUGCCAUGCCCAUGUCAGCUAUGUCCGCCAGCAUGCUGCCCCAGAUUAAGAUGGUCCUGAUGGUCAUCGCGACCCUUGCGGCCGUAACAGGCUGUUUCAUCGAGCUCCUCAAGAGACGGUUGAUCAGCUGGGUUGACAAGCAGCCUUGGCGCUCGCGAAUGAUCCCACCUCAGCGAAACAUGAUGCACAACUUCGGCUACAGCGAGUCAAUCACUUCUGAUGAAAGGGUCGUUGUCGACUGCUACUGCUUUCUGAUUGCCAUCUGCUCCCAUCAUCUCGUGGUGAGCCUGGCCCUAACUCCUGUGGCUGUUUUGGGCUGGGACUCGGCCGGUUCCGUUGGGCAGUUCUUGUUCUACGCUGGUGCCGUGGGAGAUGUAGCGUACUCGGCUUAUGACACCGUCCAGACGACUCUCAGAACCUUUUGCCCAGUCAGCUUCAAAGGACUGGGCGUGCAGCUGCCGAAGAAAUAUUUCAUUGUCAUGGUUUGCUUACAUCAUACACUCUCCAUGAUGCUGACGGUGCCGAUGAUCCUCUACUACCCUAAGAUGAGAGCACUGCACAUUUUGAUGUGGUCAAUGCUUUCUUCUGCCGGUGUCGGCUAUUUGCUGGGUUGCUACAAAUUCACCCUGGACACGCAAGACUCUCGCCGGGACUUGUUGCAAUUCAAGGCCAUCGUGCUGGUUCAGUCGCUGAUGAUAUGGCUUGUUCGAGGAUACGUCUGGCUGACUCAAGCUACAUCUGCGAUGAUGGUCUUCUACCGACUUGGAGACACCCUGUUUCUUUUGCUUGGGUCAGUUGGCUUCGUCAUGAUGACACUUUUCAACCUGUUGAUGGUGAUCGACUCGACCACAGCAGUCGUCAAGUGGUUACCCCAGAAGAUGCACAUGCGGGGCCACGAUACAAAGCGAUCAUGCCAUGAGACACUCAAGCCCACACUUCGAGAAUCUGUCAGCGAAAGGAAAGAGCUCCCGGCCAUGGUGCAUGCAGCGGGCUUGCGGAGAGUGCAGGGGGCGAGGGUGGCAUUUGCCACUCAAUGA